UUGACACAGGAAGUGCUUUGAAGCUUUUGUGUUAUAUGUAAUAAAGUCAAACCACGGGCCGCAGGGGCCUCACAGAGGUAAACAAGGACACGCUGUGGAGGAAAAUGCCCUAAAUAAUCCACUAACAUGGUGUUCAUAAGAAUCUGCAGGCUGUUUCCUACUCUUUCGGGGACUCUGGGGUCAUCCAGGCUUAUUCGCCGCAGCAUGGCCUCGGACCCGGCGGAGACGACCCGCUUCGACUUCCUGGUGAUCGGCGGCGGGUCCGGGGGUCUGGCCGGGGCUCGGCGGGCGGCGGAGCUCGGAGCGGCCACCGCCGUGAUCGAGAGUCACAAACUCGGAGGUACCUGCGUCAAUGUUGGCUGUGUCCCUAAGAAGGUUAUGUGGAAUGCAGCCGUUCAUGCCGAGUAUCUGCAUGAUCAUGGUGAUUAUGGCUUCGAUGCUGGAAAUGCUCGUUUCAGUUGGGAAACCCUGAAAGCCAAGAGAGAUAACUAUGUCAGCCACCUUAACCGCAUUUAUCGCAACAAUCUUGACAAGGCUAAAAUCCAAACCAUCCAAGGACACGCCAGGUUUACUAGUGAUCCUGAGCCGACUGUGGAGGUCAACGGGAGGAAGUUCACCGCGCCUCACAUCCUCAUCGCCACUGGAGGGCAUCCUUCUGUCAUGAGUGAUGAGGAAGUUCCAGGGGCAAGCCUGGGGAUUACAAGCGAUGGCUUUUUUGAGCUCGAAACCCUUCCAAAACGCAGUGUGAUUGUGGGCGCUGGUUAUAUCGCCGUGGAGAUGGCGGGCAUUCUCUGCACUCUGGGGUCCAAAACUUCCCUCGUUAUUCGGCAGACGGGAGUUUUGAGGAACUUCGAUGCUUACAUAAGUGCAAACUGCACCAAGGAGCUGCAGAACUCUGGUGUCGAUCUGUGGAAGAACACUCAGGUGAAGUCCGUGAGUAAGACUGGCCGCGGUCUGGAAGUGACGCUCGUCACCAAAGACCCGGAGAAGAAGAACGACGAGGAGAAGAUCAGCACCAUCCAGGAUGUGGACUGCCUCCUGUGGGCCAUCGGCAGACAGCCCAACACAAACGGACUCAACAUCAGCCGAGUGGGUAUCAACACAGAUGAAAGAGGUCACAUCGUCGUGGAUGAGUUUCAGAACACCAGCCGAUCGGGGAUCUAUGCUGUCGGGGAUGUCUGUGGAAGAGCUCUUCUCACACCUGUUGCCAUCGCUGCAGGCAGGAAGUUGGCCCACAGACUCUUUGAAGGCAAGAAGGACUCAAAACUGGACUACUCCUGCAUCCCCACAGUGGUGUUCAGCCACCCGCCCAUCGGCACCGUGGGCCUCACAGAAGAGGAGGCCGUCAAAUCUAGAGGAAAGGAGAAUGUGAAGAUCUACAAAACCUCCUUCACCCCGAUGUAUCACGCCAUCACAAGCAGGAAGAGCCAGUGCAUCAUGAAGCUGGUGUGUGUCGGCAAAGAGGAAAAGGUGGUGGGCCUGCACAUGCAGGGCCUGGGCUGCGAUGAGAUGCUGCAGGGGUUUGCCGUCGCCAUCAAAAUGGGCGCCACCAAAGCAGACUUUGACAGGACGGUUGCCAUUCACCCCACCUCAUCCGAGGAGUUCGUCACCAUGCGUUAACACCAACACACCGACCCAUGACCAGACAAGCAUACCAGGACAGAGUCAGUCCUGCUUAGUACUCCCACAUCUGCUUGAUGACUUGCUUUAUUAAAACUACCUACAAACUUCCAUUUCUUCCAUUUAAGUGACAUUUUUUGUGCGCAGUGUUUCACUUUUUUCUAAUUCCUACCUUAAUGGACCAAGACCAGGUUAUGGCCUUCCCAAACUGUACUGUGGGUCUUGAUUAUCGAUUGAAUACUAUGAGCUCCUUUUUCAAUGAUUGUGAAAUGGAAGUGAUGGAUCUGCAGGAGUUGUUAUCAUCAGAUUGCAUUAGAAGUCAAAUGAUUUCUCUCCUAGUGUUUGUGUUUGAUUUGUUAGUCAUUUGUCACAUAAAUAUUAACGAACACUGCUGCUUUUUAAGGAACCUAUUAACUACCAAUGCAAGCUCAUGACAUAUACAUACUGUACUGUUCAAAAGAUUCAAUAAACCUGCAGCUUAUU